AUGGCGCCCUCACUCACCACCACAACCACCUCCUCCCCUCCCACCUCCCUCCCAACCAAACAAGCUCCCCCUCCCACCUCCAAACCCCGCGAGAAAACCGACCCAAGCAUCUACGACAUCCACCACCAGAAAUUCACCUCCGACGAUCUCCCCCAAGAUUCCUCCGCCUGGCUCCAGCGCGCACGCGCCGUAUCCGAGAUCCUAUCCGCCGACGCAGCGGCGAGAGAUAUCGCCAACUUCUCACCCGUUGCUGAAGUUGCGCUGUUGAAAAGCUCUGGACUUUUGAAAGUCCUAGGACCGGCUGAAUACGGCGGCGGCGGCCAGAACUGGGAGAUCGGGUAUCAAGUAAUCCGCGAAGUGGCGAAGGGUGAUGGGAGUAUAGGCAUGUUACUCGGGUAUCAUCUGUUAUGGAGUACGACUGCGAAUGUAGUUGGUACGGAUGAGCAGAAAGCGCGAUUUCAGAAACUGAUUAUUGAGGGGAACUUUUUCGUUGGUGGAGCUGUGAAUCCUCGCGAUAAUGAUUUGAAGAUUAGUGAUCAUGGGGAUUAUGUUGUGUUUGACGGGUUCAAGCAUUUUAAUACUGGGGGUGUGGUUUCGGAUUUGACGGUUCUGGAGGGCGUAUUGGAGGGGACGGAGGAUCAUAUUUUUGCGAUUGUGAGGACGGCGCAGGAGGGGAUUGAGUUUGCUCAUAAUUGGGAUAACGUAGGUCUUCGCCUCACAGAAUCCGGAAGCGUGAAGAUUGGGCAGAUCAAAGUCCCCUGGGAGGAUGCUUUGGGCUGGGAUGUCAAGACCAAGAAACCUGAUCCGAAAGUCCUUUCAAUCCCCUUUGCAACGCUCCUGCUGCCUACCAUCCAGUUGGUAUUUUCCAAUUUUUACCUAGGGAUAGCCCUCGGCUCCUUGGAUUUCGCAACAAAAUACACCAAAAGCUCAACCCGCGCCUGGCCCUACGGCGGCGACAACAAGAACUCCGCAACGGAAGAAUUCUACAUCCUCGAGCGCUACGGGAAUUUCUACGCGCACCUCCAAGCCGCUGUAGCACUCACCGACCGCGCUGGGUCUGCAAUCGCAAACGUGUAUACUACACACGGCGAGAAGCGCGAGAUUUCAGCGCGCGAGAGAGGAGAGGUUGCAGAGGUUGUAGCGAGCGCGAAAAUCGUGACGACGGAUACGGCGUUGAGAGUUACGGCGGGCGUGUUUGAGGUGACUGGGGCGAGGGCGACGGGGAGGAAGGUUGGACUGGAUCGGUUUUGGAGGGAUGUUAGGACGCAUAGUUUGCAUGAUCCUGUUGCUUAUAAGAAUCGGGAGGUUGGAGAGUAUGCUUUGCUUGAUAAGAUUCCGGAGCCUACUUGGUAUACCUAG